AACACAGUGUGCUGCUGGUUUAGUUUCUAGGGGGACAGUAAUGAGGAGCGCACUGACCGGAACAGAGGAGCUGUCAUUCAGCGAAUAUAUAGAUUAAAAACCAGGUUAAUAUUACAGUCCGUAGUUACAGAAACAACGUUAUGUGUAACUAAUAACUAUGUUGCUCACAGCUCGCCGUCUGUCCAGAGUGCUGCAGCUCACCCUGGCGGUCAUCAAACCAGAUGCUGUAGCUCAUCCUGUGAUGAUGGAGGCUCUUCACCAGAGAAUCCUGGACAACAACUUUGCGAUUGUUAGAUGUAAAGAUCUUGUGUGGAGGCGACAGGACUCGGAGAAGUUUUACGCUGAACAUUCAGAGCGAUUCUUCUACCAAAGACUUGUUGAAUUCAUGUCAAGUGGUCCGAUGCGAGCGUACAUUUUAGCCAGAGAGGACGCCAUACGUCACUGGAGAGAACUGAUGGGACCAACCAAAGUGUUCAGAGCCAGAUACACCUCGCCCGCUACCAUCAGGGCCCAGUUUGGACUCACGGACACACGAAACACAACUCACGGCUCAGAUUCUGUCGAGUCGGCACAAAGAGAAAUCAGCUUCUUUUAUCCAGACUUCUGUGUGGAGGAGUGGAUGGAGAAGGAGGAGCCAUCGUUCAGAUCAGGACGAAUACAUUACGACCAUCAAAAACAGAUCCACACACUUUCAACGCAGAGCUGACCCCAGAACUGCUGUUACACUCACUUAUCCCCCCCCCCAAAGGACCUCUUAGAAACUUAGUCGAUUUGCUCAUACAGAAAUGCAAGGUGCCAGAAAAGAUGCUUCAUGCUAUAUUUAUAAGUUAUACUGUGUGAUGAUCCAAGAAAAAGCGCAUGUUUUUUUUUGUCAAAGUGCCAAUAUGUUCAUCCCAUGUUGUUAGUAAAAACAGAUUUUCCUUGAAUAUCCAAAGAUACACAGCUUGUGAAGUCAUUCCAAAGCAGGACCAUACAUGUUUUUGUUUAAUUUAUUGUCAUUAGAAAACACAAACGACUAGAUAAGAAAAUCGAACACUGUAUUGUACAAAACGACACGACGUAGAGAGACAAUGUUUUACAUUGUCAUCACAAGCUCCUGUCCAGGCUUCACUGUGAAUAGUGCAAUCGUCACAAUCAAUUUCAGUUUCCUGAGCCAUUAAGAUUGAAGCACAGCAGCAAAUACAUGUUGUGUAUCCAUGUCAAAUAAAAAAACUAUAUAUAUA